GGCUCGCCCCUUCCUCUCAAAUCUCAAAAGAAAAACCGCUCGCCCCUUCGUUACCAAUCUUUUGGCGGGAGACGAGCACCGCGCGGCCUGCAUUUCCCGCGCAAAGCAAAGCAGCCAUGGACGGCGGCUCCUCCUCUCCGGCAAGCCCUCCACCGGCGGCGGCUGCGGAGGAGAUGGAGGAGUACCGGAACUGGAAGAAGAACGCGGCGGUGCUGUACGACCUCGUCAUCUCCCACCCGCUCGAGUGGCCGUCGCUCACCGUCCAGUGGCUCCCCUCCGAAUCCCCGAGGACUCCCGCCCGUAGCCACCGGCUCGUCGUCGGCACUCACACCUCCGACGAGUCCCCCAGCCACCUCAUGCUUUUGGACACGACCCUCCCGCUCCCGCCCCGCCUCGCCGCGGCCGCCGCCGCCUCGGGUGGCCCCGUCCCGGCCCCGUCCGUGUCCGUCCGAGGCGUGGCGCCGCACCGGGGCGAGGUCAACCGCGCGCGUUGCAUGCCGCAGCGGCCCUACACGGUCGCCACCAAAACGUGCGUGGACGAGGUUCACGUGUACCAUCUCGGCGACGGCGACGGCAGCGGGAAGAGCGGCGCCGAUGUCGUGCUCAGGGGGCAUGACGCGGAGGGGUAUGGAUUGGCGUGGAGCCCGAUGAAGGAGGGCUGGCUGCUGAGUGGCUCGUAUGAUAAGAAGAUUUGCCUAUGGGAUCUAGCAGCUGGGAGUGGAGCUCCUGUCCUGGAUGCGCAACAGGUGUUUGAGGCUCAUGAGGAUCUUGUUGAAGAUGUUGCUUGGCACCUGAAAGAUGAACAUAUAUUUGGAUCUGUUGGGGAUGACUGCAAGUUGAUGAUGUGGGACUUGCGUACAAACAAACCGGAACAAUAUAUUGCUGCACAUCGAAAGGAGGUCAACUCUUUGUCAUUCAAUCCAUUUAACGAAUGGAUCUUGGCUACAGCAUCCGGAGAUGCAACUAUUAAACUAUUUGACUUGCGAAAACUAUCAAGAAGCUUGCACACUUUUGACAGCCAUGAGGGGGAGGUGUUUCAGGUUGAGUGGAAUCCAAAUUUGGCUACCGUAUUGGCGUCAUCUGCUGCAGACAAAAGAGUAAUGAUAUGGGAUGUUAAUAGGAUUGGAGAUGAGCAGUCAGAGGAAGAUGCAAAUGACGGACCGCCGGAGCUGCUGUUCGUUCAUGGAGGCCACACAGCCAAGAUAUCAGAACUGUCAUGGAAUCCUAGCGAGAAAUGGGUCGUUGCUAGCGUUUCUGAAGAUAACAUCCUGCAGAUCUGGGAGAUGGCAGAAAGCAUCUACUGUGAUGACUACUAUCUGCAGGAUAAUGACUCAUGUCUCACCACAUAAGAGGCACUUGUUCGGUGGCAUAUUUGGAGAGAUUGUAUGCAGUUAACUUAUAGUAUUCGAGAUAGUUAGCUGUCAUUUGAGACCCCCCAGGAUUGAUAUCUUUUAGCAGCGACUCCUAAAAACCUUGUCGUGUCUCCAUUUACCCUGUCUGGUUCUUGUUGGAUUGAGCUUUUGUCAGUCCUGAAUCCUGAUCGGUUAUCUUUCAGUGUUCACUCGAUCACUUUCACUUGGGAA